AUGAAAAAAAAAACAACUGAAAAAUUAUCAAUCACGAUAAGAAUUAUAAUGUCUCAAUUAUUUUCCCUUAAAGGUCAAGUUGCUAUUUUAACUGGAGGUACUAAUGGUAUUGGUUUAGGCUAUGCUAGAGGUUUAGCUAGUGCUGAUUUAGAUCAAUUAAUUUUAACAUACAGAUCAGACUCGACAUUUGAAAAAGCUAAAAAUGCAAUUAAAGAAGUAAACCCAAAUAUUCAAAUUGAUGGAGUAAAGAUUGAUUUUUUGAAGGAGGAAGAAGAUGACAUAGUUUCCAAAAUUGUUGAAGAAUCAUUUAAAGUUUCAAAAACUGGUAAAGUUGAUAUCUUGGUUAAUAAUGCUGGUAUUACUGAAAGAUACCCAUUUGAAGAGUUUCCACAGGAAAAAUUCAAUGAUAUUAUAAAAGUUGAUUUGAACAUUCCUGUUAAAUUAACUAAAGAAGUUGGUAAGAGAAUGUUGGAAUCAAAUACUAAAGGGAAGAUUGUAUUCACUGCAUCAUUGAUGUCAUUCCAAGGUGGUGUAUCAUGUACUCCUUAUGCUAUUAGUAAAGGAGCAAUUAAACAAUUUACUCAAGGCCUUUCAAAUGAAUGGUCAUCUAGAGGUAUUAGAGUUAAUGCAAUUGCACCAGGUUAUAUUGAAACUAACAUGACAGGAAGUAUGAAUGAUGAUGCCAAGAACCUUGUAGAUAAAAGAAUUCCUAUGCAAAGAUGGGGUAAUCCAGAUGAUUUCAUGGGUCCAAUUGUUUUCCUUACCUCAGAUGCAUCUAAAUACAUCACUGGUGAAACAUUGUUAGUUGACGGUGGUUGGAUGGGAAGAUAA